AUGUAUUUAACUACAGAAGAAUGUGUCGCUCACUCACCUGGCUCAGUCACUUCCCUCUCGCUUGGCCGAAAAUCUGGCCGAGUCAUGGCCACUGGAGGCGAGGAUCGACGAGUCAAACUCUGGGCUGUUGGAAAACCAACUUGCAUCCUCAGUCUGACUGGCCACACAUCUUCAGUUGAAGCGAUUGAGUUCAGUCAAGAAGAGGAUUGUGUGGCAGCAGGUUCCCUGUCCGGAUCUAUACGCAUUUGGGAUUUGGAACAGGUGAAAAGUAUCAACUCGUUAGAUUUUCAUCCAUUCGGGAACUUCGUCACUUCCGGUUCCGUGGACUCUCUCGUCAAGGUAACUAAUAGUCACUUGAUAUUUGCGAUCUCAUGUCAUUCCAAAAUUUUAUCUCUUUGUUCUAUGUCAGUAGUACUACCAUCCAACCCACCUACAAAACAUCGACUCAUAGUAUUGACUCUUCAAUGA